GGAAUUGUACCCAGUGCGGUCGCCCAGGAUGGCGGCGUCAAGUGGGGCAAUCGCUGGUGGAGGUGGCGGAGAGCAAGGUGGCAGCCGGGAGCCCAUCAGAGGAAAAGUCCGAGGCGCUGGAACCCUGCGUCCAGGCGUGACGGUCAUCCCGAAAGGCCGGCCCCAGUUUCAUCCUUUUAUCCUGUAAUCUGUCACCAUGACCCUGACAAAAGGUUCCUUCACCUACUCCAGUGGGGAGGAAUAUCGUGGCGAGUGGAAGGAGGGCCGCAGGCAUGGUUUUGGUCAACUGAUGUUUGCAGAUGGUGGCACCUACCUGGGUCAUUUUGAGAAUGGGCUCUUUAAUGGCUUUGGGGUAUUGACCUUCUCAGAUGGUUCAAGGUAUGAGGGGGAGUUUGCCCAGGGCAAGUUUAAUGGCGUCGGAGUCUUCAUUCGAUAUGACAACAUGACCUUUGAGGGGGAAUUUAAAAAUGGCAGAGUAGAUGGUUUUGGCCUGCUGACUUUCCCCGAUGGUUCUCAUGGAAUCCCCCGCAAUGAAGGUCUCUUUGAGAACAACAAGCUGCUGCGGCGUGAGAAGUGUUCUGCCAUUGUUCAGCGGGCCCAGAGCGCCUCCAAGUCAGCCAGAAAUCUCACUGCCUGACAGCGCAGUGGGCACCAGCUGAUAAGUAUUGGGUAAAGCCAGUGCCCCUGUUGUUGAUUCGAGGUGAACAAAUGAAUCAGAGCUGAGAUGAGUUGACAAUGACAGUGGAGCAGAGGCCUUGUAUGUGCCCUGUCACCUGCCAUUCCAGAACUGGACCACAGAAAAGUGCUGAGGAUGCUGGCCAGCAGACCCUGCAGCAGUCAUUGGUGGUUCUGUCUUUCCCUAACCCUUAUGUGCUGGAGGACAGAGGAGCCACCUCUUCUCACUGGUUGAUACUCUGUUCCUAAGACCUCAGGUUACCCAGUGUAGCCUGCUGUGACCCUUCUGCUUCAUUUUCUGCCAAGUGAUACAGAACCUUCGUUCUGCUGCUUUGGGGACAGGUGAUCCUAGCCCCAGCUUAGGGCCAGUGCUCUGUGCCACUCUGGAGAAAUAGGGAAAAGAUAGGGGUGGCUCAGUACAGCAGCCCUGUGAAAGUCAAGGCCAGAGCUUUUCUUUUUUAAUUUUUUUAUUAUUAUUAUUUUAUUUUUUAUUUUUGAGAUGGAGUUUUACUCUCGCCCAGGCUAGAGUGCAGUGGCAUGAUCUCAGCUCACUGCAACUUCUGCCUCCCAGGUUCAAGCAAUUCCCCUGCCUCAGCUUCCUGAGUAGCUGGGACUACAGGAGCGCGCCACCACACCCAGCUAAUUUUUGUAUUUUUUUUAGUAGAGACGGGGUUUCACCAUAUUGGCCAGGCUGGUCUCAAACUCCUGACCUCGUGAUCCACCCGCCUUGGUCUCCCAAAGUGCUGGGAUUACAGGCGUGAGCCACCACGCUCAGCCUUUAAUUUUAUUAUUAUAAAAAAUUGAGCCAGGGUCUUGCUAUGUUGCUCAGGCUCGUCUCAAAAUCCUGGGCUCAAGUGAUCCUCCUGCCUGGGCCUGCCAAAGUGCUAGGAUUGCAGGUGUGAGCCACUGUGCCUGGCUGGCAGAGCUUUUCCAUAUGUUACUCCUCAUGCUGGUUGGAAUCAUGGCUGCAGGCUUCCACUUGGUCUGAUCAGACUGGUAUUGAUUCCUGCCUAUGUCCCCGUGAAGGAUUCGGUAAGAGUGCUAUUUCCUCCUCCCUUUAGAAGACAGGCUGUCUUCUUUCAUCAACUUAGAGCAGAUAAUCCCCAUGUGUGCCUCUCUCCUUCCUUAGAUGGGGAACAGGAUCCCUUUUUGGGACAAUCAAGAAAAAAACUCAUGUAAACAGUAAUCUUAUUACUUGUAUUUGUGACUAACUCCAGGGAAAAGGGUAGAAUAUUUAGGCCACUUCAGGCACUACCAUGGAGUGAACUGAAUUCAUACGGAUGGCUUGGGCUGACACAGUUUCUUCCCAGUGGACCAAUAAAUCAGACUCACCCAAACCCCUGGGGUUUUGGUAGAAUUGGACCUACUCUAGGACUGUGGGGAACUAAAGGAGCAUUUGGCUCACUGUAGCUCUUCUAUCAUGAGCCUUGACCGUCAGGCCGCAAUCAGACCUUACUGAUGGGAUCUCUGAAGUUUAUUACGUAGGCCUCCCGUUACCCUGGUACCCAAAUACGUCCCCCACCUCUAGCUCCCUAGCCUCACAUUGAAUGUCUCUUCAACAGCAGAUUGUGGUGGAAGUUAUAGCCGUGUGCCUCUAUUUAUUCUCUGAAUUGUACUGUAGAAAAAGGUGUUUAUAAAGAAUAAAGAAAUCACCAGAACUGCC